AUGAUGUCCCUGGGCCCAUUCCUAUACCAUUUGUCUUGGCCUUGUCUGGCUGUGGCCCGCAGCCAGGGGAGAGGGGGGCUGCUCCACAUGCGCCCAGCCUCUGCUGCCUCGAGCGCAGCAGGAGCGUGCUCCUCCUUGGCCUCGUUCCGCGCCGUGGACGUGGUCGCCGUCGACGUCUUGAUGAGGAGAGUGAGCCGGCUCCUGCCUGACUGCACGCUGAGGGGCUACGCCGACGACUUGGCGCUCGUCUCCCGGAGUGUGUGGCGCGACGUCCUCCUGGAACCGGUGGUUUCGGAUUUUGAGAGGGUCUCGGGCUUGGCUCUGCAUGCGAAGAAAUCGGUGCUGGUCCCGCCCCGCCCAAUACCGGUGGACGAGGUCCAGUCGUGCUUGAACGAAGUGGCGCCGCGUUGGGGUUCGUUCAAGAUUGCUUCUCACGCCAAAUAUCCUGCCUUUGUCGUGGGCCCUGGCCGGGGCGAAGUUAGCUGGGAUUCUGCAGCGGCUCAAUUUUUUGAACGGUCUUCGGUUUGGGGUGCCGCGCGCGCGGGCAUGCUGCACGCCAUCGAAGCUUUCAGAGUUUUCAUCCUGCCUGUCAUGACGUUCCCUGCCCAACUCGACCCCCUACCGUCCAACUGCGGCGCCCUCGAGAUCAACGCCAUACGGCGCCGCUUCCCCGGACCCCCUUGGCUGGUGCACGCCAGAGCUCCUGAGGUCGCUCUGGCACGUAAACUAUCCCAGGGAACUCCCUGA